AAAGAAUCGUAGAAAAUUGGAUGGUGGAGAGAAAUGAUGUGAGAAAAAGGGUUUUGCUAUUUUUGAUUGUAUGCUAUAUCCACAUUGUGAUAUUGGAAUAGCUAAUUAGAAAAUAUUGAUUAUCAUAAUAAUCUUUGUUCAGUAUUAUGCAUUCUAUCAAGUAUUCUAUUAGCAUACUGUCUAUCCUAUAGCGUUUAUACAAAGAAAUCUUUUAAAUAAAGAUAUGAGUUAUAGUUUCUGUGCAUAUACACAAAAGCUAUUUUAGAAGUGUGUUCACGAACAGAAUUUCUUUCAGCGUCCAUUCCUAUUUCGACAUUCCAGAAGACAUUUUACCAACUUAUUUUGUCGAGUCCUCGUGUGAAACGAUGAGUCAAAGUAAUAAAGAGUCGCGAUAUUUGAUUGUUCAAACUCCCUCAAAAGAAGAGCACAAGUUAACAGUUCAUGACGGAGACGUUGCCAUUCUUGCAAAGGACUUGGCCCAAGUAAGACUGAAAGGGUUGACUAAGGACGGGAAAGAAGUGGAGAAGCAAGUAACUAGUUUCGACCCAGGGUUUAUGAACACCGCUUGUUGCGAGAGUACAAUUACUUAUAUUGACGGUGACAAGGGAAUUCUAAGAUAUCGUGGUUACCCCAUCGAACAAUUGGCAGAAAGAAGCAACUUUCUGGAAGUUGCUUAUUUACUUAUAUAUGGAGAACUUCCCACUGCUACUCAGUUGAAUACGUGGAAAGAGCGAAUCAUGUCGCAUACUUAUAUUCAUGUGACUUUGAUGGAUUAUAUGAAAUCGUUUCGAUAUGAUGCCCACCCUAUGUCAAUGUUCAUUGCAACUAUGGCUGCUAUGUCUACUGAAUAUCCUGAAAGCAACCCUACCCUAACUCGAAGAGAUCUGUUUGAGUUUGACUAUCGUGCACGUAAUCAACAAAUCUUUAGGAUACUUGGAAAGGCUCCCACUAUUGCUGCGUGUGCAUAUCGUCAUCGAAUUGGUCGACCUUACAAUUAUCCAACGGAGAGUUUUCGAGGGUAUUCUUAUACUGAAAACUUUCUUUACAUGUUAGAUAGACUUUCCGAAUCAGAAUAUCGACCAUCUCCUGCUAUUGCCAAAGCCUUGGACGUAUUGUUUAUUGUUCAUGCUGAUCACGAAUUGAAUUGUUCUACAGCAGCAAUGCGACAUUUAACAUCCACCAGAGUCGAUCCAUAUACAGCAGUGGCAGGUGCUGCCGGAGCUUUAUAUGGUCCACUUCAUGGUGGAGCAUCUGAAGCUGUUGUUCGAAUGUUGGAAGAAAUAGGUUCUGUAGAUAAAAUUGAUGAGUUUUUGGAAGGCGUCAAGUCCAAAACUCGUCGAUUGAUGGGAUUUGGUCAUCGCAUUUACAAGAAUUAUGAUCCUCGAGCGAAGAUACUAAAAGAAUAUGCAGAAAAAGUAUUUGCAGAAGUGGGUAGAGAUCCAUUGGUAGAUAUUGCCGUAGAAUUGGAAAGGAGAGCUAUUCAAGAUGAUUAUUUUGUUUCUCGAAAACUUUAUCCAAAUGUGGAUUUCUAUUCAGGAAUUAUAUAUAGAGCAUGUGGUUUUCCAUUGGAUAUGUAUCCGUUAUUAUUUGCACUUCCUCGAAUUGCAGGUUGGUUGGCACAUUGGUACGAAUCGCUAAGGGAAGAAAAGAGUGCAGCCAAGGCUUCUAUUCCUGGUGCUACUCAUGUAAUGCGAGCUCGUCAAAUAUGUAUUGGUGAUAUCGAAAAAGUUUUUCCUACAGAAGAAGAAAGCAUAUCAAAGCAAAGCAUAACUAUGGAUGCACUUAAGACGUAUCAUUCCAAUCUAUCCAAGCGUCGAAGGGCGCCUCAUAAAGACAUUGCUUAAAAUGAAUUUGAUAUAAAAAAUAUUUUGUUUUU